GCUCUGUCAGUAACACAUGUGAGAGCGGAGCGGGCGGCGGGCGCGCACGCAGGGACACUCGCACCCUCGCGCCGGGCGGAGCGGCCUCACCCCGCAGCGGCGCCCCGAGCCGCCGGGCCCUCCCCUCCCCUCCGAGCCGCCUCGGGAGCUGCCGCCGCAGCACCACCAGAGGAAGGGGAGGAGGUGCGGGGGAAGCGGUACAAAGUGAAGCCACAUUGCCAAACUUCCCCGGCGAUUGCAGCAGCGAGCGGCGCCGGCGCCCUGCGAGCGGCUCGGGGCCGGCCCUGCAGCUCCCCUGCGGCCGAGCGGGAGGGAGCGGAGGAGGGCUGCCCCUGCCCGGCCGGGGGGGCUCCCGGAGCCCAGCGCGCACGGAGGAGGGCGAGCGCCGCUGGCGGCUCUUGGCACGGACACCUCCUCGGGCGCCCCGAGCGACGUCGCUCCGCGGCCUCUGGCAAUAUAGAGGGGAAGCAGGCCAUGGUGAACCCCGGCGGGAGCUCGCAGCCGCCCCCGGUGCCCGCGGGGUCCCUCUCGUGGAAGCGCUGCGCGGGCUGCGGGGGGAAAAUCGCCGACCGGUUCCUGCUCUACGCCAUGGACAGCUACUGGCACAGCCGCUGCCUCAAGUGCUCCUGCUGCCAGGCCCAGCUGGGGGACAUCGGCACCUCCUGCUACACCAAGAGCGGCAUGAUCCUCUGCAGGAACGACUACAUCAGGUUAUUUGGGAAUAGCGGUGCUUGCAGUGCCUGUGGACAGUCCAUCCCUGCUAGUGAGCUGGUCAUGAGGGCACAGGGCAACGUCUACCAUCUUAAGUGUUUUACAUGCUCUACCUGCCGGAAUCGCCUGGUCCCCGGAGAUCGGUUUCACUACAUCAAUGGCAGUUUAUUUUGUGAACAUGAUAGACCUACAGCUCUCAUCAAUGGCCAUUUGAAUUCACUUCAGAGUAAUCCACUACUGCCAGACCAGAAGGUCUGCUAAAAGGUCAGAGUAAUGCAGAAUGCGUGCCUUCAUCUCAAAUUUUGUUCAUCACAGAUGGAUCCCAUGUCUCCAAGUAGACAAGUCACCUUUGUAGCUAGCAUCAAUGCCAGCUCCAUACCAUUGCACCUUCUUUAUUCUCGAUUGCCCUUCCCACAUUUAUUGGUGUAUUAAAAUGACUGAAUAUGAACAUUAAGGACUCCAUGAACCUGGGCUAAUGGGAGACUGUAGAGAAAAUGAAAAAAGAUCCACCGGAGGACAUCUUUGGGGGGGCGGGUGGGGAAGAUGACUAAUGAAGCUAAUUAAAAGAAGCAUUGAAAUCUGCUUUCUACCCUCAUUAACAAUUAGCAGGGCACUGGCCAGUUUGUACCCUGUGUUUUACCUUAACAACAUUCUAUUUGCUCUUUGUAUAUUUAAGUGUUGUAAGGAAAUGUGUUUCAAUCAAACUGAACAUGAGAUAAAGAUGUGGCUUUUGUGAUAUUCUAUCACAAACACUUUUAUUGUAUCUCUGUAAAAUACAAUGUAUGUAUGCAUGUAAGUGUUUUUGUCCUAAUGUUGCUACUUCCCAUGGCAAAAAAAAAGAAAAAAAAAAACAAAA